CUCCCGCCUGCCGGUGCUCCCGCCUGCCGGGCACUACCCUCCCACCGCCUCGCCGACCUCCUGCCGGCCCGCCCGGCCCGCUGGGCCCAGUUGGCCGCCUCCCGGAGCCGCGGGAGCCGGAGAUGGAUUUGCGGGCAUGGAGAGCGUGUGGAAGGACCGAGUUCUUGUUGGCAGAGGAGGUUGGCUGCUGAGCCAGGGCGUGUCUCCAGGAGGCCUGCCAGGCUGCCUGGAUCCCCACCUCGCCACCAUGGGCCGGCCAGGCUGGUCAGUUUCCAGCCCAUGACGUGGUCACGGUUCCCGGCCUCAGCCUUGGGGAGCAAGUCACGGGCUCCUGGCACCACCCUUGGGCCACAAGACCCCUCUGUCCUGGGAGGGGUUGACUCCGGCCCCCCUUGGCCCCCAGGCUACACCCAGUCCCCCACCGCUUUGCACCCAAGCUUCCUGGCCUUAAAGGGGAAACUAUGCAGCUGUCCCCUGGGGUUACAGUAAACGGUGGCCAGGACUCUCUUAAUAGUGAGCGCUGUCCUGGUCAGUGUGUACCAAGUCCCCAAGUGCCAGGCACAUUCAUGGUUGCAAGCUCUGUCUGCCAGGCAGGAUGGCACAGCGGAGAGAACACAGACUUUGGAGCCAGGUGGCCUGGGUUCAAACCCCGCCCUGCCACUUGCUGGCCAGAGGAGUCUGCAUGAGUUACCAGACUUCCGUGCCUCAGUUUCCUCACCACAGGGUGGCUGCGAGUGUUUAAUGAGUUAAUAUGUGGGAAAUGCUGAGAAGGUUGCCUGACAUGUGCGUGGAGGACAGUCAGUAUUCACUGAAUGAAUGAAUAUAACCCUUGCUCCAGUAUUACCGUCUUGCUGCUGGUUCAGGCAGACCUGGGGCCCCUCAUGUCCCAGGCAUUCACACAGUCCCACCGCAGGCCUCUCUUGUUCCUCCCAACCUCCUGCAAGGCACCCAAGAAUGUUCCUGCUGCUGGCCAGCAGCAGCCUGGGCAUCAGGAGAGAAUGAGAGUCCAAGGGCAGCAGUACUAGUCAAGUCACAGACUAUAUAUAGCACAACCUCCCUGUUGCUUUCCCUCCAGGCAGGGGCUGGGGAAGCCAGGGGCCCAGGAGACCCCGUCACGUCUUGCCCAAGGGCUUCGGGACACGGCCAGCAUGCCCACGUGCCUAGAGUCCGCCCGUCCUGCUCCGGAGCGAGCUUGGCUGCCAGCACCCAGGCCCCCCAGAGCCCCAGGCCUCCUGCUAAAAGUCCCUGUGGCUGCUGGCAGUUCUUCCUCUUGGACCAGCUCCAGGCCCAGCUGGUGGAACUGAAUGGGACCGAGAGGUGCAUGCAUUGGGCCUCAGAUCAUAGGCUGCCAGCCUGGUAGUUCAAAGGGGACAGGCCUUGCCAGGCAGAGAGGCCAGACCCUGCCCUGGGCCCAUGUUGGCCGCACGUCGUAGGUGGUGCUGGCCCAGCCCUUGGGGAGCUCACAGGUAUGUCACAGAGUGAAAGGGACCCUGCUCAGAUCUCAGCCCAUGGCCCGCUGCCCCCAUUUUACAGAUGAGGACGGAGAUGAGGCUCUGACCACCUGGCAGGCCCGUGGGCUCUGGAAGCCGGCGUCGGCUGUGGCUGGUGUUUGUAGGAAGUGUCUUUCUUGGGUCAGGGAUGCCAGCAGCCUGCCCGAAUGCGGUGCUCGUCUCUUACAGACUAGCCAGUUUCUGCUGGAGGCUCCUGAUAUCACCUGGGGAGAUGACGUCCAGGCCCCCCGACUGCCUGCUGCGGCUGCUCCGGGGUGCCCCGAGGCAACGGGUCUGCACCCUGUUCAUCAUCGGCUUCAAGUUCACGUUUUUGGUCUCCGUCAUGGUCUACUGGCACGUUGUGGGAGAGCCCGGGGGCCAAGGGCAGUUCUCUCACCUGCCUGCUGACAUACCCUGCCCGCGCUUGGUCCCCCACACACCGCCCCCCGGCACCCCACCUCCCGGCAACAUCUUCUUCCUGGAGACUUCUGACCGUACGGACCCCAACUUCCUGUUCAUGUGCUCAGUGGAGUCAGCAGCCAGGGCCCAGCCUGAGUCCCGGGUGGCGGUCCUGAUGAAGGGGCUGCCCGGCGGGAACGCCUCCCUGCCCCGGCACCUGGGCCUCUCGCUUCUGGGCUGCUUCCCCAACGUCCAGAUGCUCCCGCUGGACCUGCAGGAGCUGUUUCGGGACACGCCCCUGGCAGCCUGGUACGCGGCCCUGCAGCGGCGGUGGGAGCCCUACGUGCUGCCCGUGCUCUCCGAUGCCUCCAGGAUUGCGCUCAUGUGGAAGUUCGGAGGCAUCUACCUGGACACGGACUUCAUCGUCCUCAAGAGCCUGGGGAACCUGACCAACGCGCUGGGCACCCAGUCCCGCUAUGUCCUCAACGGCGCCUUCCUGGCCUUCGAGCGCCACCACGAGUUCAUGGCGCUGUGCAUGCGUGACUUCGUGGCCCACUACAACGGCUGGAUCUGGGGCCACCAGGGCCCGCAGCUGCUCACGCGGGUCUUCAAGAAGUGGUGUUCCAUCCGCAGCCUGGGCGAGAGCCACGCCUGCCGCGGCGUCACCGCCCUGCCCUACGAGGCCUUCUACCCCAUCCCCUGGCAGAACUGGAAGAAGUACUUCGAAGACGUCAGCCCCGAGGAGCUGUCCCGGCUGCUCAACGCCACCUACGCUGUCCACGUGUGGAACAAGAAGAGCCAGGGCACGCGCUUCAAGGCCACGUCCAGGGCACUGCUGGCCCAGCUGCACGCUCGCUACUGCCCCACGACGCACAAGGCCAUGAAGCUUUACUUGUGAGGGGCCUGCCUGGCUCCCUCCCUGCACCCGGCGUCCUGAAGGAAAGGGCUCGGCCACCCUUCCUGGGGAGACCUGAGCUGCUGCAGCCCAGGAUCUGGGGCAGAGGCAGCGGGGAGGGCGGGGAACUCUCGGCCCAAGAGCUGCUACCGGAAGGCGUGCUGCGGGCCCCGGGACCUGCUCCCUUCAAGCUAGCGGGAGGCUGGUGGGCCUGGUCGCCUCUACCCCCUAGGCCAGUGCACUGUCACAGGGUAGAGGCGACCAGUGGUGGGGGAAGGGUGCCCAGCCAGAAUCAGCUGGAGUGCACCGGGUGAGCAUCCUGGGUCUUGCAGACAACAGGCAAGCCCGGCAAGUAUGAAAGCGUCUUCCAGGGCAGCGCGGGAAGCAGGCAGGCUGGGGCUGAAGUGCCCACGAGGGGAGCACGGAGAAGCCCAAGGAAAGGGGGUAGGAAGGAGGGAGAGGAGGCCGCUUGUGGGGUAGCCGGGAUGCACACCCAGCUUCGUGAGCCCAAGGGGUGGGGUGCUUCUGGGGUUUGGGUUUCUUUUUCAGGGGGGCCGAGGCCGGCAGAGCUGGCCUGGGGAGCUCUUUGGGGGAGGGCCUGCCUGCCCACCUCAUCCUUCUUUCCAGAAAUGUUGCAGGAGUGACAUGUGCCAGCUGCCCACUCACGGGCAGGGGCCCUGGAGUUCUUGUGGCUCAGGAAAAGUGUUUUAAAGGAAACACCCCUUACCCUACCCGCAAUAAACACAAUAAAAGUGAGAAGAAUAAAUACAAUAUU